AUGAUGAAUGAAUCCUUUUAUAGAAUGUGUUUUUAAACUUUGCGCUCUUUAGUUGAACUUAAACUUAUUAGUGAAGAAGAGAAAGUUAUCUUAAAAGAUCUAAUAAUAAAGAAUGAAUUUUAAAUUCCUUCUACAAUUAGUGCUGAAUAACUCUCUUUCUUUUUUUUAUAAUUAAUUAAAAAAUAAAGAAGAGAGUUGGCAAUCAAACAAGGUUAGCUUCUUAUUAUAGAUGAAGAGACAGAUGAAGAAUUAAUUUGA